CAUCUCAUUUCCGCCGAACAGCCUCAGCCCUUCAAUAUUUCAGUGUUUCUUGUCGGUACUGUCGACCGGAAGAGAAAGUCGCUUGUUAUGACUGACUUGUUUACUUACUUUUAAUUUCAGAAUAUAUUAAUAUAACUGAGCUGCUUCUAAUGGACUAGGUCGUAUGGAAGUGCAACUUUUACCACCCAGGCUCUUUGGUUAGCACUGGCGCAGAGCUAGCUAACUUUGCUACUUUGUGCUAGCGUAGUUUGGAGACCCAAAGUCGUCUUGCCUCAUCAGUUUCCACAUAAUCGACUGCUUUUACAAAUAGGUUGGAGAAUAGAGACUUUAGUGGCGUUGACACAGCGUCCAAACACAGUGCUAAGGUGUGUGAUCUGAAAGGAGAACACUAAAAUAAAUCUUAACACUUUUGCUCAUGCAAAAAAUGAUGGAUUUUGACAACGUAUUAUCAAUCGCCACUCAAAACCAGGGCAGUGUAAAGAAAAGAUACAGUUUACAAGUUGGUCCUCCAAAAAAGGACGCAAGGUCAAAAGGUGUAAAUCCUGCUGCUGUGCAGGCGCUCCUGAAAAGACGACAACAUGAGGCCAGACUGAAAGAAAUCGAAAUGAAGAAGCAGAAACAGGAUCUUGUCGCAAAAAGGGUAGAGUUGAAGUCAGAUCGUAAAGCGAGAGCCAUGGCUUCCAGAACGAAAGACAAUUUCCAUGGUUACAAUGGCAUUCCAGUGGUAGAGGGCCCAAAGAAGAGGAGGUCAAAGCAGGAAAUGGACAACGAGAAAUCAGCAAAUGAUGAAACAUUUCAAAAUGUACUUGACCCAGAAGAUGAUGAGGACAAUUAUGAGUACGAACAGACAGAUUCAGAGCCUGAUCAAGAUCCAGAACCUCUAAGACACAUAAAAAUCUCAACUUUCAGCGGGGGUAGUGGCAGUAGCUCCAAGCCCUCCCCUAAAAAAUCUAGUGGGCCACCCAAGUCUGCUCCAUCCACCAUGAACUUUGCAGAUUUGCUCAAAUUGGCAGAAAAGAAGCAAUAUCAACCAGUCGAAUUAAAACCGAAGGUAAUGAAGGAAGAAAGGCUCCGCACAGCGGAAGAGCUAAGGGAACUAGAGAUCGAGCGCAGAGCUAAGAGGCGCGCCAAAGACCCUACGACUCAGUCUAGUUCUACUGCAGUAAGAAAAAACACGUCUGAGAAAGAGCAGAAAAAUGGUAAACCACAAAAGAGCUUAUUGGAAAGGCCAAAUCAGCCCUGUGGGAUGAAAAAGAAGCCUCAAUUUACACCUUCCUCUAAGGCCUCCACUGGUGAGAGAGAAAGAGACAGACCCAAGACUAAAGUUCCUUUGAAAGUCGCAUCUUCUCAGGUUCCAACCAAACAAGGGGUCCCAAAGACUUCAUCUGGUCAUACCUCUAUAAUUUCAAGUGAACUUAGGUUGAAAAAGGAAAGCUCUUCUUCUGUUCAGGGAAGACCUUCAGGCACACCUCAGACCAGACCUUUCGGUACAUCUGUGAGAGAUUUCAAAUCUCCAAAUGGUAACCCACAAAAAACAAAGCCUACUCAGGGUAGCUCAUUGAAGCAGGAACACACAGGUGUAAAUCAUAAGUCUGGAAAAGGAGAACCACCAAAGUCUGGAAACCAUCCCACAGUAAAAUCCAGUAGCAAUUCUGUGGUUAGACCAUCAAGUGGCCGCCCUAAAGAAGGGAAUAGACCUCAGCCAAGGCCAGGGGGAACACCCCAGGCAAAAGCUGGUGCGAGUAGCUUACACGGUCACCCAGCUGGUACUGGAGGCCGGCCGCCAGGGUUCGGACAGGGUCGAGGCACUAGUGGAGGAUCAUUGCCCAACAGGCAACCGUCAGGCAGCUUUGGAUCAGGGCCUGGGAGACCCAAGUGCACGGUGGUGUCUGAGACCAUCUCAUCAAAAAAUAUGGCUGGACCCAGACCAGGGUAUUCUCCUCGACCAGGGAUGCCACAGAUACCUGGCAUGGCCCCCAGACCAGGAGGGCCAACCAGACCACUGAAUAGACCCCCAGCGUAUCCCCCAGGUACCAUGUUACCGCCCAUCACCAUUGCAUACAAGAGAAAAUACGAAGAGGAAGAUGAAUAUGAUUCAGAAAUGGAAGACUUUAUCGACGAUGGAGAUGACGAGCAGGCAGAGGUUUCCAAACACAUUAAGGAAAUCUUUGGCUAUGACCGAAACAAAUACAAGGAUGAAAGUGACUAUGCUCUUAAAUUCAUGGAGAGCAGCUGGCAAGAUAUGCAGAAAGAAGAAGCAAAGAGUCUCAGAAUGGCUGUGCAGGAAGAUUUGGAGGAGGAGAGAAAGGAGCAAGAGGAGAUGAAAAUGAAGAAUGCCAAAAGGAAAAAAAAUUAACUGACGCACUUUAAACUAUUGUAAUGGACAGUUUAAAAAAAAAGUGUCCUGUCACCUGCCCAUCAACAGGACCACUUGUUUGACAUCAUGUCAAUUACAAACCAUAUGGGACCCCUUAUUGUGUUAUUUGCACUUCUCUCUCUUUGAGUGACACAUGACACUGGAUGAUAUGUUCCAGAGAUAACCUUAAAAUCAAAAUAUACACAGAUGUUUUGAGUAUCAUAGGCUGUAGUGAAAGAUUCAGUUUCUUCUCCCAUUAUUUAUUUAUUUGUCAAUGCAAAGUCCCAUUUUCAAAAAACAAUGUGUUUCAGAGUUUGAGUGUGGAGGAGUGGUAUUUUUUGUUUUAAAGUUGCCAGCUGUCAGAUAUCAGCUGCCAGUGAUAUCUGAGAAGAAGGUGUCACACAUUUCACACAAUAGAUUGUAAAGUCAGUUGACUCACAAUUUUGUAACUUUGUGUUCCUUUUUAAAGGAUUUCCAAACAAA